AUGCAACCAAAAUUAGCUUCGACUGUGCAGCCCAGCACCACGACUGUGCAGCCCAGCACUGCGACUGAGCAGCCCAGCACCGCGACUUUGCAGCCCAGCACCGCGACUGAGCAGCCCAGCACCGCGACUGUGCAGCCCAGCACCGCGACUGUGCAGCCCAGUACCGCGACAGUGCAGCCCAGUACCGCGAUUAAGCAGCCCAGCACCGCGAUUAAGCAGCCCAGCACCGCGACAGUGCAGCCCAGCACCGCGACUGUGCAGCCCGGCAUUGCGACUGAGCAGCCCAGCACCGCGACUUUGCAGCCCAGCACCACGACUGUGCAGCCCGGCAUUGCGACUGAGCAGCCCAGCACCGCGACUUUGCAGCCCAACACCGCAACUGUGCCACCGGGCACCAAGACUGUGCAGCCCAGCACCGCGACUGAGCAGCCCAGCACCACGACUGUGCAGCCCAGCACCGCGACUGAGCAGCCCAGCACCACGACUGAGCAGCCAAGCACCGCGACUGAGCAGCCCAGCACCGCGACUGUGCAGCCCGGCACCGCGACUGUGCAGCCCGGCACCGCGACUGUGCAGCCCGGCACCGCGACUGUGCAGCCCGGCACCGCGACUGUGCAGCCCGGUACCGCGACUGAGCAGCCCAGCACCGCGAUUAAGCAGCCCAGCACCGCGACUGAGCAGCCCAGCACCGCGACUAAGCAGCCCAGCACCGCGACAGUGCAGUCCGGCACCACGACUUUGCAGCCCGGCAUCGCGACUGUGCAGCCCGGCAUCGCGACUGUGCAGCGCAGCACCGCGACUGUGCAGCCCAGCACUGCAGGAACAACUCUGCAGGGUAGCACCGCUGAGCUACCGUCCGCAGUACCGACCAGUGCUCUGGGAUGUGGAGGUAUCCUGACGGCUCCCCCUGGAGGUACUGUGACGUCACCCAACUACCCCGAGAACUACGGCAACGAUGAGACUUGUGAGUGGAUGAUCACCGUGCCAGAAGGAAGCGUGGUUCUUCUCACGUUUGACAGCUUCCACCUUGAGGACGGUUCUGACUAUUUGGAAAUAUACGAAGUCGCCAGUGAUAGUGCUUCGUAUGCAGAGGGUGGUUCUGACAUUUCAUCCAGCUACGAUGUCGCCAGUGAUAGUGCCUCGUAUGCAGAGGGUGGUUCUGACUCCUCGUCCAGCUACGACGUCGCCAGUGAUAGUGCUUCGUAUGCAGAGGGUGGUUCUGACUCCUCGUCCAGCUACGACGUCUCCAGUGAUAGUGCUUCGUAUGCAGAGGGUGGUUCUGACUCCUCGUCCAGCUAUGAUGUCUCCAGUGAUAGUGCUUCGUAUGCAGAGGGUGGUUCUGACUCCUCGUCCAGCUACGACGUCUCCAGUGAUAGUGCUUCGUAUGCAGAGGAUAGUUCUGACUACUCGUCCAACUACGACGUCUCCAGUGAUAGUGCUUCGUAUACAGAGGAUGGUUCUGACUCCUCGUCCGCAAAUAGAAAAUUGCAGAGCUUAACUGGACAAGUCUUAGUCAACAACAUCAUCAGCACAUCUAACCAGAUAUUCGUGAGGUUUACCUCAGACGAGAGUACCACGGCUCAGGGCUUCCGGUUCUCCUACAUCGAUACAGCCAGUGGUAAGGUGUUUGAUUAUAGCUAG